CCGUUUGGGAAUGGUCCGGUGAGUCGGUACCCAGGGGCUUUUCCGCCUGUGCUUGAAAGCUUUUGUCCCACCUUUUCCCCCGGCCCGACUGACCGCCCCUGGGUCUCCGAGGAUGCUUUGGGAUCAGCUCUUCCAGCCAGUGAAGACGAGCUCAUCCGUUUCUGCUGUCAUCUUGCUGAUACUCUCCACCAUUCAUCCAUAAAGGUUUACCUUUCAGCAAUCCGGUCUCUUCACUUUGAAGAGGGUCUUCCUUCUCCGCUGGUUGGUUGCCUUCGGUUACAGCGUGUGUUGCUGGGUAUCAAACGUCACGAAGGCUCAAAUAGGCGUCAGCACCAACCCAUCACAAUCGAGCUGAUGCACAUUAUCUUCCAGUCCUUGAACUUCUCUGACUACAACCAUACCAUGCUUUGGGCUGCCUGCUGUCUCGGGUUUUUUGGUUUCUUACGUGCUGUUGAGUUCACUGUCAACUACCCCUUCAAUUCUGACAUCCACCUUGCUGUCAGCGACGUCCAAGCAGAUUCCCUAGUCAAUCCAGGCUGCUUCAGGAUUCAUAUUAAGUGCUCUAAGACGGACCCCUUUCGCCAAGGUUGCUAUAUCUACAUCUAUAUCUAUAUCUAUAUCUAUUGUACGCGCCCUUACCCAGUAUCUACACGUCCGUGGCUCAACUCCUGACCCACUCUUCCUUCCCUCUCAUGGCACCCCUCUACGUCGCAAUGGCUGACAUCCAGUAUUCAAUCUAUCUUCUCCGCUUCUGGGGUCCCUGGUUGCUACACCAGUCAUACCUUUCGCAGCAGUACAGCUACUUCAGCAGCCUCUUGUGGCUUACCAGAUCACCUCAUCAAGACACUUGGCAGAUUGUCCAGCGAUGCGUAUCAGAUCUAUAUCAACACUCCCGUCAGUACUAUCGUGGGAGUAGCAAGCCUUCUCACUUGA